AUGCACGCAGAGGCCGAUCACAAAAACGAGAAAGACAUCGCCGGCGGGGUCUUGACCACCGACGAGAAGGCCAUACCUGCCUACGAUAAAGAGUCGAGCACAGACGAAUUCGAUGACGGAUUCGAGUAUCCCACUGCAGAAGAGGUUGGAACCUUGAGACAUGUUCCAUACUCUCUGCCCCCUCGCUUGUUCCUUGUCUGCAUCAUUGAGUUGUCCGAGCGAUUUUGCUAUUACGGCGUCAGCGGCACCUUUAACAACUAUAUCGCGAAUCCCUACGCUGGUGGGCCUCCCUGGAACGGAGAAGAUGAGGUCCCAGGCGCAAUUGGAAGAGGAACCGCAUUUGCUUCGGGAUUGCAAAACUAUUGGCAAUUUUGGUGCUAUGUCACACCCAUCAUCGGAGCCAUAGUGGCCGACCAGUACUUGGGAAGGUACAAAACCAUCAUUCUCUUCUCGCUGUUCUAUAUUGCCGGACUCAUCAUCUUAUUUAUCACCUCUCUCCCCUUCGCCAUCAACAAUGGCGCUGCGCUUGGAGGUUUGGCUGCUGCUAUGACAAUCGCAGGGUUAGGUACUGGUGGCAUCAAAUCCAACGUUUCUCCCCUCAUUGCCGAACAGAUGACGGAGACCAGGAUGAAAAUCAAAACCCUCGCAUCAGGCGAACGCGUUAUUCAAUCUCCUAGUGUCACCUUCCAGCGCAUCUACAUGAUCUUCUAUUGGUGCAUCAAUGUAGGGUCACUUUCCUUGGUUGGUACCGUCUUCAUGGAGAAAUAUAAGGGCUUCUGGACAGUCAAUCUUCUCGGUCUACUAGGGUUCCUUGUUGGGUUUGCUGUCUUGCUCCUGGGUAAGAAAUCUUAUGUGACCCGGCCACCCCAGGGGUCUAUUCUACCCCACGCUUUCAAGGCUAUGUGGAUUGGCUUGAUCAAUGGGCGCAAUAUGGACACGGCAAGACCUUCAUAUCAAGCUGCAAAUGGCCAAAAAUACAAGACCCCAUGGAAUGAGACCUUUGUUGAUGAACUUCGCCGCGCCCUAGUCGCCUGCAGAGUCUUCCUGUUCUACCCAAUCUUUUGGGUGAUCUACAAUCAAAUGAGCUCCAACUUCGUCGCUCAAGCAGCCCAAAUGCAACUGCACGGCAUGCCGAAUGAUGAAAUGCAGAACAUUGACCCGGUCGUCAUCAUUAUCUUCAUUCCCAUCAUGGACAAGAUCGUCUAUCCAUUCUUGCGGAAACGUGGCUUUCCCAUGUACCCCGUUACGCGAAUUACUUGGGGCUUCAUCCUGACAGGAGUCAGCAUGGCAUUUGCAGCCGGAAUUCAACACCAGAUUUAUAUUCGCGCGCCUGGUUAUAAUAUGCCUACUGAGAAUGGCCCUAACGACAUUCAUGUCGCUGUGCAGACGCCUGGUUAUCUCAUUAUCGGUCUGGCUGAAAUCUUCGCCUCCAUUACAGGACUCGAGUAUGCAUUCACCAAAGCCCCUGCGAAUAUGAAGUCAUUCAUCAUGAGCAUGUUCUUGUUCACAAAUGCCUUCGGGUCGGUCUUAGGUAUUGGCGUCAGCGCUGUGGCCGAGGAUCCGAAAUAUGUGUGGUUCUAUACUGGCUUAUGUGUUGCUGAUAUCAUUGCCACGGCACUUUUCUGGUCCGUCAUCAUCCCCUUUGCUGAUAUGAUCUACAGAAAUGCUAAUGGAACAAUCAGGAUUCUUUACUCUCGCUACAAUAAGACUGAAGUCGAGAUGAAUCAGCUUGAGGAUAAGCUUAUCAAACCCAAAGCAGUGACUGAGAUUGAGGGGAAUCAUGACCCUGAAGCGGGUCAUUACUAA